AUGGCUCACUCAUCCUCCAUGGCUCACAUGUUCUCACCCAACAACUGCCCAAUAAUGAUCCGUGACUUUGACGGUGGAUAUGUCAAAUUCAUUGCUGGACCGAACCUCGUUCAGUCUUUCACCCAUGCCCAACCACUCGAAGUUCCCAGCGGCUACGUGGAGUAUGCUGAGCUGUUUAACAACGGCACACAGUACUGGGCUAUGCUGGUCCAGACAGCCAAUGGUGUCAGCCUCACGCGUCCCACGCCGCCUUUUGCUGACAUCUGCGGACAUCAGCUUCGACUCCCCACUGAGAUGCCUGACCCAGCCAAUGUCCUUACCGAUGCGCAGAGGCAGACCCUCACCAAUUACAGCUUCACAAUGAUGAACUCCCACAACACGCGUCAAAAGUUUAACCAGUGGAAGAAGGAGGAGAGGCAGCAGAUGCACCUCAACAAGAGGUUAGGAAACAUGCGUGGCCAAGGCUGUAAUUGGGCGGCGGCACCACCACCCUACAUUCCCCCUCCAGAGCUCACUAUUGAUUUCACUGGCAUCAACUUCAAUCUUCCCCCGAACCGGCACUGCCACCACCGCCUACUGAUACACCCAAUGUUUGGAUUGUCGUUGGCAGGCUAG